CUCUUGUCCAAAGGCUUUACCUUGAGGCUCUCACUGACACAUGGCUUUUCGACUUCCAUUGGAUUGACUUUCAGACUGUUCAGCGUGUAUGACAAUCAAAUGGAGGUUCGUAACAUCAAAGGAAUGAUAUAUAGCUUUCCAGGUAGUCAGAACGGUUUUUCUUUCUGCAGAUGUUUCUCAGAACAUGGCUUGGAUUCCUCUGGCGUGUCAGUAACCGUGCUUGCCCCAUAUCUCAAUGACUUCCCUAAGAAGAAGAAGAAACUGGGUACAUGGGCUCAUCUAAUCUGCAACUAGAGAGAAUGAAUAUCUACCUCAAUGACGCGAGAGGCAGAAAGUACAUUCCCCGCGAUCCUUCUCGACUUAAAGCCAGGGACAAUGUAUGCGAUCAGAUACGGUCCUGGUGGUCCUUUACUUAGACCUGACAACUUCGUUUUUAGGCAAUGUGGAACGGGCAACAACUGGGCCAGGGGCACUAUGCUGAAGGGGCCGAUUUGGUAGAUCAAGUGACUGAUGCUAUUCGGAAAGAAGCAGAGAUAUGCGAUUGCAAUCAAGGUUUCCAGAUUGCCCAUUUGCUAGAUGGCGGGACGAGGCCCGGUAUGGGCACGCUUUUGAUUUCAAGAAUCAAAGAAGAGUUCCCCGAUCGAAUGAUGACCGCGUUAUGCUCUGCUAAAGCUCCGAUGCCGUCGCUGGACCUUGCAAUGCCAUGCUCUUCACGAAACACUGGAUUCAUGAAGCGGAUAAGACUUUCUGCUUCGACACUGGUGUGCGAUAGACAAUUUCUUCGCUAUUGCUGCAUCAAUAUACUUGAAUGCGCACUUUAAGACUCGGUUAUCCCACGCACUGUGCCUUCCAUUACUUUGUCUCAGCAGUCAUAUCUGGAGUCUCGGUGUGCCUUUACUUUCUAAGCGAGCUAAACCCGGAUAUGUGCAAUCUCUUAAGAUGGUUCCGUUUGCCCAUUUGAGCAUCUUGAUGGCGGGCUUUGCACCACUCACCAGCCACAUGUGCACUC